UACCACCUUACAAAGAUCUACAGGAAUGCAAGCUUGUUUGUAAAAGAUGGUAUCGUGCUACCAAAACAAUGGAAAUUAUUUAAUGAAUUACAUAUAUACUCUAUAAAAUCAAACAAAUGGACUGCUAUAAACACUUUGGAAACUCCACCACCAACUUCUGCGCAUUCUGCAACAAUACAUAGAAACUUAAUGGUUGUUUUUGGUGGAGUUUGUAAUGGAUACAGUUCCAAUGAUGUAUGGUGUUUAAAUUUGGACUCAUAUUCUUGGCACAAACAAACUACAUCAAAUUUGAAGCCACAACCACGUUAUGGUCAAUCGCAAAUUGAAUUAGGAGAGAAGCAUUUGCUUGUACUUGGAGGUUGCACAGGACCAAAUGCUGCUAUGAAUGAUGCUUGGUUGUUAACAAUGGAAGGUAUGUCUUGGACAUGGAAGAAAGUUAAUAUGCACAAUACAGAAUGGGCCCCAACACGUAUUUGGUGUCAUCAAGCUUGUAAGAAUCACUGUAGCAAUUUUGGCACUAAGUUCAAGAAUAUCUGUGGGAAUUACAUCAUCGUACUUAGUAAAAAUAGACGUCAAGCGAAACCGAGUGAUAUGAGUAUCCCAUUGAAAAAAGUUACCUGUCAAAGGAGUACGUCGCCACGCUUGUGCGAAUUAAAUUUUUUGUCCGAAAGACAAGGCAACUUAUCUGUCAUGGAUAAAGAUGAAAAUAUAAAUGGACGACAUGGAGAGUUUUCUCGAUCACAUUCACAAAAUGCAAAUGUUUCAUCGCACAUAUCUAGUAUUCCAAAAACGAUAUCAUUUUAUAGUGAUAAUAUUUUAAGUAUGGCUGCGUUUCGUGAUCAACCUGUGCAUAGUAAUUUAAAUAUGAAUAGACAACGUCAAUUGGAAUCACUAAGAAGAAUGGAAGAGAAAAUCCGAAAUAAGAGGACACAACUGAUGAGAGCAUCCAAAAAAUCUGAGAAUACAUUAUCGAUAUUUGUAUUAGAUAUUACCAAUGUCCUUUCCGAUGACAGUAAUGCUUCAUGGAUUCCCUUGCAACAAAACGAUCAUUCGGGACCUGAUGAGAGAAUUUUGUAUUCUCUUGUAGUAGGAAGGGGAGAACUAAUAGUUUUUGGAGGUAUUCGUAAAGAACAUUCGACAUUAGGUCACACCGAUAUAGAUGAUUCUGUAGUAUAUAACGAUCUUUAUUUUAUAAAUCCUCCUCGAUAUGUUAUUUAAUAUAUAAAAGCAAUUAAAAGCAAUACCAUAUUACAUUUUAUAUUAUCAUGAUUUUGUUGAAAGAUUUUAUUUUUAAUCUGUGCAUAUACGCAUAAUUGUAAGUAGUAUUAAACAUUGUAAGAACGAUGUAAAACAUAUGCUAAAUCAUUGCACAACGAUAUAUUAUCCUUAACACUCUAAUUAUUUAAAUAUAUAUAUAUA